CGCCGUCCCUGCAUCAACUUUUCAUCGAUUCACGAGGUUGGAGGCAGGUUGAUUGAAGCACCGGUUUGCAUUGACAGGAGAUGAGGCGGUGAAAUACAUAAACUCAAAUUACAAUUCCCGUAUAUUCCGUCCUGUUUCCUAGCGUGUAGUGUGAAAAUGACGACUACGACAACGUUUCAAGGAAUGGAGCCCGGUGCUAAAAACAGCUCCAGGGUUCUGCGGCCUCCAGGUGGUGCCUCCAACAUCUCCUUCGGCACCGAUGAGGAGAAACCUCCUGCCCGGAAAAACAAAAUGGCCUCCAGUGUUUUUGCUGAGCCAGAAGACCCCUACGCUAACAGAAGGAACAACCCACCAGGUGGGAAGCCCACGGGUGUCCUGUGUGGUGAGCCUUCAGCCCCCCUUAGGAGAGGGGCCAACCAGGGCAUGAACCCCUCUGCAGACGCCCACUCCAUGGAAGGAGACACGUCUGUAUACAACAACGGAAGUGAUGCUGCUGAGGCUGACGCACCUGCAGAGCGUCAAGAAGACGCUCCUCCAGCCGAGGAUCCUGCUGCUGGACUGCCCUCCGGACGCAGGAAUCCACCCGGUGGAAAGUCCAGCCUCAUCCUGGGUUGAAUCGCUUUCAGGCUCAAGCUACCCCUCAGCCCCUCAACCCCACGGCCGCUUUCCUAUUUUCCACCACGUAUAAGUAAUUCCUAACACAAACUGGGAAACCCUACCCAUUUAUCCAUACCACAGGACCUCCCCUCUGAUGUCUCCCUAGUGCCAGUCUUCUCCAUGUCUCAAGUGCAUUGUUUUGAUACCUCCUUUUAAGAACCAUUUUGUACUGUUAUUUAUUUUGACAGAAGCACUUUAUGUAUUUCAAAUCAAUGAUUCUGUGCAGUUCGGUCCUUGUAUUGACCCGCAGAGAGGCCACAAGAAUCAACGGUAAAUCACCCCUCUUUUCUUUGGUACGACACAGCACAAGCUGCAGGCGUCAGAAAGCCGUCAGUUUUCAUUUGUGUUCUCUUUUGACCCACCUUGCAUGCACAUUUGGUCCCAAAGUGACAAGAAACACAACUGUGAAGCCUUUUAAAUCUUUUUUUCCCCCUGUUGGUCGUCCAUGGUGGAAAAAUGUUGUAUUGUAACUGCAUGAAAUUGUAAUGUUUCUUACUGGUCACAAUAUUAAAAGAUCCACAUAGGAAGCACAUCGGUUAUCUGAAGGAUGACACCCUUUUGUAUCGUAGUGACUAGCCUUCAAUGAUUGUGCCCCCACCCCAUUUUUUAUUGGUCAAAUUUACUCUUAAUCUUAGUGUGCCUCUUUGUGUUUAAAGCUACAAACUCAGACAAGGUUGAGUUUUCUGCUUGUAGGCAUUGCAAUACUGUAGUUUUACAUUGCAAUCCAGGAGAAUGUUGUUGGGCCUGAUGUGAUAAACCUGUCCUACAUUUUGACAAGUGACCUUAUGACACAGCUCAGCCUUUGCUUUCUCUCUCUCUGGCGUUACAAUUUAUGUACUAAACCUGUUGCAGCUUUCAAUCCUACUGUCAUUUCCAGUGUGGCACUGUGGCAUCGUGUCCUUUUUUUUUCUUUUUACUUCAUGCUGGAUGUUUUUAAGUUGCUCGCAUACAUUUGAAUUCAAGAAAUGGCACAAGUGGAAAAUAGACAUUAAAAAUCAAUUUAGACCAUGA